CUUUGAAAAUGUCGGUUGCCGGUUAAAAAUGAGAAGGAAUUCGUCUUCAGGAAGCUCAAACACGGCACAACAGUUUUGUUGUCUCUGCCUAGGUAUUUAAGAAGUGGAGCAAGGGAUCCAAUUGACCACCCUUCCUGCUCAGACUGUGGGGAGGGAUCCUCUCGGUCAUUUGACCAACUGGCACGCCUGUAAUUUACACAGGAGAAAGGCCUUUCACCCGCUCAGACAGUGGGAAUGGAUUCACCCGGUCAUCGCAACUGAAGGUACAUCAGCAAGUUCACACUGGACAAGGCCAUUCACCUGUUCUGUGUGUGAGAAGGGAUUCAGUCGGUCUUCCCACCUGUGGACACACCAAUCAGUUCACACCACACCGGGCAGAGGCUGGUCAACUGCUGAAUUUCUGGGAAAAGGAUUCACUCAGUCAUCUGACCUGAUGGCUCACCAGCGAGUUCACACUGGGGAGAAGCCAUUCACCUGCUCAGAGUGCGGGAAAGGAUUUACACAGUCAUCUACCCUACUGGUACAUCAGCGAGUUCACACUGGAGAGAAGCCGUUCACCUGCUCAGUCUGUGGGAAAGGAUUCACUCAGUUAGCUACCCUACAGAGACACCAGCGAGUUCGCCCGGCGGAGAAGCCAUUCACCUGUUCAGAAUGUGGGAAGAGAUUUACUCAGUCAUCCCACCUACAGAGUCAUCAGCGAGUUCACACUGGGGAGAAGCCGUUCACCUGCUCAGUCUGUGAGAAGGGAUUCACUCUGUCAUCUACCCUACAGAGACACCAGCGAGUUCACACUGGGGAGAAGCUGUUCACCUGCUCAGUCUGUGAGAAGGGAUUCACUCAGUUAGCUACCCUACAGAGUCACCAGCGAGUUCACACUGGGGAGAAGCCGUUCACCUGUUCAGAAUGUGGGAAGAGAUUUAAUCAGUCAUCUAACCUACUGGUACACCAGCGAGUUCACACUGGGGAGAAGCCGUUCACCUGCUCAGAGUGUGGGAAAGGAUUUACACAGUCAUCUGCCCUACUGGUACAUCAGCGAGUUCACACUGGGGAGAAGCCGUUCACCUGUUCAGUCUGUGAGAAGGGAUUCACUCAGUUAGCUACCCUACUGAAACACCAGCGAGUUCACACUGGGGAGAAGCCGUUCACCUGCUCAGUCUGUGGGAAGGGAUUCUCUGACUCUUCCACCCUUCUGAUUCAUCAGCGAGUUCACACUGGGGAGAGGCCGUUCAGCUGCUCCGAAUGUGGGAAGGGAUUCACUCAGUCAUCCCACCUACGGAGUCACCAGCGAGUUCACUCCGAGGCGAAGCCAUUCACCUGCUCAAUUUGUGGAAAGGGAUUCACUCAGUCAUCUACCCUGCUGGUACAUCAGCAAGUUCACACUGGGGAGAAGCCGUUCACCUGCUCAGUCUGAGGGAAGGGAUUCACUCAGACAUUCACCCUACAGAGACAUCAACGAGUUCACACUAGAGAAAGGCCAUUCACCUGCUGAGAAUGUGGGAAAGGAUUCACUCAGUCAUCCCACCUACUGGCACACCAUCAGUUCACAAUGGGGAGUGGCCAUUGUUAUGAAUCUCUAGGUUUUGUUUGCUGUGGAGAGAGAGAGAGAGAGAGAGAGAGAUUAAGAAGGCAAAUGUGUCUGACUUGCAGCUUGUUUACAUCGCGUGCAGCUUGUUUAGUUUUAACCGAGGACACAGACACUCAGAGACAGAUAGAGACAAAGGAGGAAAAAUGGAAGAAUUGAAACCAGGGAACUAGUGGCCAAGGGUCAUUGUUUGGAACCUUCCUUCGCCCACAAGGGUGGACAAAUUAUCGAUUCACCAUACAUCGAAUGUGUGGUUGUCACCUCAUUUGAUCCAUAGCAGAGGAUCUGAUUUGGGGUAUCCUGUGGAGACCACUUAUGUGUUAACCCUUGCCUGGCUGUGGUGUGGUAGUUCACUUGAAGAUGAUACCCCUUAUGACAAGUCACUUCGGGUGAUAAUUAGUAUGUGGAUUUGGAAGGAUGACAGAUAAAAUCUACAGCGACUGUUGGUCUCGUUUUACCACCAUGGAACCUGUGGAAUAUGACAUAAUGGCCUUCUCUCAACAUUUACCCUGGAUUACAAUAUAUCUCUCUC